ACAACUGGUUUCCUCUUGGAGUCUGGGAGGAGCAGAGCAGAGCCGGCAGGGAGUGAACCCGGACCAGGGCAGGGGACGCCUGGAGGGGGAGAAGCACAGGGGCGGGGCAGGGGUCAGCUGGAGGGUCCGAAGUAGCCAGCGCCCCAAGGAGGCCCCGGGAGACGGGAGGGGACUUUGAGGACCCCGGCGGCCGGAGUCCCCGUGCCAGCGCCAUGAGGCCCCUCGUCGCCCUGCUGCUCCUGGGCUUGGCGGCCGGCUCGCCCCCGCUGGACGACAACAAGAUCCCCAGCCUGUGCCCGGGGCACCCCGGCCUUCCCGGCACGCCGGGCCACCACGGCAGCCAGGGCCUGCCCGGCCGCGACGGCCGCGACGGCCGCGACGGCGCGCCCGGGGCUCCGGGAGAGAAAGGCGAGGGCGGGAGUCCGGGGCUGCCGGGGCCCCGAGGGGAGCCCGGGCCGCGAGGAGAGGCGGGACCCGUGGGAGCCACCGGGCCUGCAGGCGAGUGCUCUGUGCCUCCGCGCUCCGCCUUCAGCGCCAAGCGCUCCGAGAGCCGGGUGCCUCCGCUGUCGGACGCGCCCCUACCCUUCGACCGCGUGCUGGUGAACGAGCAGGGACAUUACGACGCCACCACCGGCAAGUUCACCUGCCAGGUGCCCGGCGUCUACUACUUCGCGGUCCACGCCACCGUCUACCGGGCUAGCCUGCAAUUCGAUCUGGUCAAGAAUGGCGAGUCCAUAGCCUCUUUCUUCCAGUUUUUUGGGGGGUGGCCCAAACCAGCCUCGCUCUCCGGGGGUGCCAUGGUAAGGCUGGAGCCAGAGGACCAGGUGUGGGUGCAGGUGGGUGUGGGUGAUUACAUUGGCAUCUAUGCCAGCAUCAAGACAGACAGCACCUUCUCGGGGUUUCUGGUGUAUUCUGACUGGCACAACUCCCCUGUCUUUGCUUGACACCCACUGGAAAGUGAGCUCAAGCUCUCUCACUCCUGGCAAGGAGGGUAUGACACUGACAGCCACAUCAUCUGGGAGGGCUGGCCCCCCCCCUUGGGAUGUUGUGAAGGACUCCGUCCUGCUGCUGGCAGAGAAUGGGGACAGAGGCUGUCUGAGAUCAGGGCUGGCAGUGUGGUGCAUUGGCUGGAUUUCUGCCCAAAACAAAAGGAGCGCUCUGUGCUGGCAGGUGUGGGUCCCCCAGUUGUUCUGGCCCAAGACCCCAGAGGUGGGGUGCCCUCUUCCUGGUGCGCUGCUUCUCUGGGUUCUCCCUUGUCCCUCCUCCGCCUGGGCCCUUUUCUCAGAGAUUAUUCAAUAAAUCAAACAAAACAAAAACAA